GAUCUGUUGCUAACAGUAGAUGAAAUGUAUGAAAAGAUUAAUGAUCCUCGAGUUGAUAAGGAACAAUUUGAAGUGCUUGUUGAAUAUUGGCGUAGUGAGAAAGGAGAGAAAAUUAGCCAACAGAAUAAAGAAAACAGGCUAAAACUGGAAGAGCCCCAUUGCCUAGGCACCAAGACUUUUGCACGAUUUGUCAAUGAGAAGGAAAGCUCUGUUGAAGGGAGAAAGCUGUCAAGGGCUGAACUCUACAUUCAAAGUCGAACAAAAAAGGAAGGGGGACCUGUAAGUGAAAAGGCAAGCCAAGUGAUGGAGCAACUUAAAAACUACAUGAGUGAGUCUACUUCUUCUGCAAAUGCAUUAGAGGAAAGUACAUCUUGGCAAGAUGAUGUAUUCUCUAAGGUGAAGGGAUCUGACAAGAAAGGAAGGGUUCGCUGCUUAGGGAAGGUCCCAACUUCUAAAAAAUCUAUCCCUUCCACGUCUGCAAAUGGCAAUGUUGAGGAAAGGUUGAGCGAGGUGGAGAAUAUGUUGAGUGGAUUAAUGCAGCUAGUGAAGGCAAGAUUCCCAGAUGAGAAUAUCACAGAUAUUCUACAGGCUGCCAACCAAUUAGGUGCUGCCAACAGAUUGGAUAGGGAGGUAAACUUCUUUUGUUCAACCAUUACAACUUGACAUUCAUUUUCUUUGUAUUCUUGCAUAUAUAUGUUUGUAUGAGACGACCUUGGGGAGGAUUGAUAAGCAGUCUUAUCCAUGCCCGUUCCAGAAGUUUAAGGGAUUUCUUGUAACACUGUUUGCUUCUUAGUAACCAAAAUUCUGUUAUUAAAAGAUUUCAUCAUCUGUGUUGCAGUUGGGAAAUAAAAGAAAUAUUCUGAGUUCCGUACAUGCUGCUUGUAUUCUGUUUUCUUGUGGUAGUUGGCAUUGCCGCUUAUUUACUGAGUAUUACUGUAAAGCUUAGUUCCGUACCCCAUUAGUCUGGUUUUUUGACAAGUCUCUGACUUUGUUUUAUAAUGUAGUCUGGUUGGUUGAUGAAUGUAUGAAAGUUUAGAUGUGAGUUCUAGGGUGCUGUGCUUCUUGUUUGGCUCAUAAAGGCUUCCGCUUGUC